ACCACCCAGCACCUUCAUUCACAUCGAUCUGGGUGCAAGAGAGAGGCUGAAACUGUAGAAUUGGCACAAAUCCAACAUCCACCAUGAAACAUGAUAAAUCUAUAGUCUCCCGACUUCCUCCUUCCUCGCGAUGUGUCCCAUUCUAUCUGCUCUACGAACCAUCGGAAUCACCUCCAAGUAUCAACCUGUACGUCCUCCGCCAUCAACAUGUCCAAGAACGGGCAUCCGACGGUCUACCUAUUUGUCAACAAGGACAGAGCUUCUCUGUCUCUCUCUAGAUGCCACGGGAAAGACGCCUCGGCUAUCCUAAGCCAUGUACAGUCAUGCCGCAACCAGAAGAACAAGCAAUUGCACAUGUUCAGAGUCGAAGACACCACCGAGCUAGGCUCAGCACCUCCGUCCCCUCGAAAGCAAUCCAUCGGUCACAAGCACCGGUCGCCGAGAUCAACCCCGCCGCUGCGAAGCGAGACACCAUCAACACCGAAGCCCCGUGCAUUGGUUACGCCCGAGCUGGGGAUUGAGCCAGCAAGCUCUUCUCCGCGCGCCAGCUCUCCGGGGAAGUCGCCCGAAGUCGAGGAACUGCUACAAUAUUUCAACACUCUAUGUUUUAGGCAAGAGCGACACCCCCAGGGCCAAUCACAAAACCAAGAUCUCUUCCAUCAGCUGGUCUCUUCGGAAGACUUUUCAAGCUUCUCAAAACGAGUUGUUGGGGGAAUUCACGGAUAUGCCAUGCUUGCGUGCACAGCGGCGAGAAUGGGAGCCGAUAUACCCAGUCGACGAGAGGAAUUCGAGAUCAAGGCCACCAAGUAUAUGCAACCGUCUCUCCAACGGUUACGGGAGCAGCUCGCAGAUCCAGCCACGAGAACGUUGACGGAUCGGCAAAUUUUGCAGGAAAUGCUCCUCCAUUGCGUGACGAAUUGGUACCUGCAGGACUUUACCGCUGCUCAAACGCACCUCAAGGCCAUCAACUAUUUUAUCGGUUGUCUCGAUAUCUCCGACAGGUCGGACCGGAAGUUGAUGGAUCUCAUCAACCGGUGCGGUCUUUUUAUUGCCAACAGCAUACGCGCCGAGCAGAGAUCACAACCCAGCUCGUAUCAGAGGACAGAAUCCUUUGCUGCGCGUGGCUUAUGCCGGGUGGUCUAAGGCCAAGGAAGCUCCUCGUCUGUCGAAUUAUCCCUAGCAAGGGCCUGCAGAAGAUAGUCGGGCUAUUUAUGCUGGCACAUAUUCAGCUAAAGCGGCUCGUGCAGGACCGAACAAGUACGUCUUCUGGCGGAGUGCGGGGAGGUGUUGUCUGGUUUUACUAAUGGAAUACUAAAGCCACCAAUUAAUGCCUUCUCGUUCGUUGAUCGGCAAUGAUCAGCCCUUGCGAGAGGGGGAGGUGGAUCGACGAUUUUGGCAAUGGUGGUUGUGGAGUAUCGUGUCGCAUGUGUCGCAUAUGUUGCUAUUCAAGGGGGAUACCAAUAUCCAGGUGGAUUCUGUGGCUUGUCUCCCACUGGUAUCUUCUCGAAGACGCUGGAUUUGUUUACUUCGAGCAUGGCGUCAUCUAUCCCAAGAGCUCCUCGCUGGAGGCCUCCCUACUUGGGAUAAAAGAUACCUGCUAGGCAUCCUACUCAUCAAGAUGACAUUGCAACUCUGUUUGAACUGUUUUAUGCACUGGAGCGCGUUGCGUCCUGAGACAUGAUGGUGGAAAUUGGUUCAAUAGGGUUCACAGGUUCAGCAGCUUUGCUGCUCUGAUGUACGAACAGACUUCUGUAUACCAACGAAGAACCGACGCAGGAGCAAACGAAGUGAAUGACAGUGCUCAUCCCAUUUGGUGGUUGCAUUUCGGUCACUCGUCAAGCUUGCUGUCCCUCUCAUCGUUUGACAUUCUCGCUCCUCCCCAGAGCCAUC